AUGGCCGGAUCUUCUGCUGCCACUGGCUCUCGCCAAUCGCCCGUUCAUCAUGACAAGCGCCCGUUGAUCGUCGUUAUCGGAAUGGCAGGGUCGGGGAAGACCACGUUCGUUCAAAAUAUGGCCGCCAGUUUGAAUGCUCAGCGAGCUGCUCCAUUCGUUGUGAACCUGGUGUAUGAUAAGACAGAUGAGGUUGGCGUCGAGAUUGAGAAGCUGAAAUGAAAUGGCCGUUUGCAGUUGAUCAGCAGGAUGAAUGAGCAGACUUACAACUCCGUUAUCGUGGACACUCCUGGAAGCAUCGAAGCAUUCGCAGAAGGCAGUCCGGGACUCAAAUUCAUUCAAUCUCUUUCGAAAAGUCACUCCGCCGUCCUCGUCUACUGCCUCAACUCCCAAAUGGUCAAAACGCCAACUUCGUUCCUCACCAACAUGUUGUACGCUUGCUCGGUGCUCACGCAUGCAAAACUCCCCGUAGUCAUUCUGUUCAACAAGGUGAAUUAUUCGUCUCUCAUUUUAACGCUUAUCAUCCACCUUUCAGGCUGAUCUUUUCGUCCCAUCGUACGCAAUUGAAUGGAUGGAGGAUUACGCCUUGAUGGGCAGAAAUCUGGAAGACGUGAGAAAUUCGGAGAGAUUGGUCGAGUUUUCGAGCAGAGCACUUGGCGAAGCCCUGUCUCAGUUGCCGAGUGGGUGCAAAAUGGCGUAUGCGAGUUCCAGGCAAGGAACAGGAUUCGCUGAAGUGUUCAAAGCGAUCGAAGAAGCGGCUAGCGAUCACGAGCACCUGUUCGUUCCGAAUCAGUUGAAGGCCGAAGAGAGCGAAGUGAAGGAGGGGUCGACAAGAAAGGCGGCGAAGCCAGCAUUCCGCAUUUACUCGGACAAAGAAGACGCUUUCCUGCUCCGUCGAUUACAAGAAGUGUCGGAAAAGGGCAAAAAGAUAAACAUCAUGUCCUUCUGCAGAAACCUAAAGUCGGAAGGUUUCAAUCGUGAGCCAGACUCGAUUAAAAGACGGUACGAUUGUGUGAAGACUUGAAGCGUGACUAAAUGUAAUGAUUUUCCAGACUGGCCGACUAUCUCCGAGAUAAAAUUGAAAAUAAUGGUUCUCUGGAUCUGGCUACGAAAUGCAGAAUGAUGUACGCGGCGUCGCUCCCGAUCUCGGACGAUUUGAGAGCGGAGCUCGAGGAGCACGGCACGUUGAAGCACGACGACGAGAAAAAAACGAUUCAGUCGUACAAUGGACUCGGCCUGGAUCUGGUGGCGAACACGAAACGGCGCAAUGUGAACGACGACUCGUCGAUGGGUGAUGAGAAGAGAAGCCGCUAUUGUUGA